AGGAACGCACACGCAUAGCUGGCAAUGGCAACAAAGUGUUGGCUAGUCCCUCUAGGGUUGGAAUGGCAAGCACCUCUCAAUUGAGUCCAUCCAAGCAUAGUAAAAGUGCUACACCCACCAAUAAGACUCCCUCUUGGACCAUCCAAACUGUUACCGAUCAACCUUCAGGUUUUACGGUAACAAGUCCUGUUCUAAAAGAAUGCGCUGCUAAUAAUGGGGUGAGCGUGAGCUUAGUCGAUACUCCCUCCAGAAAAAGACUGUCCAGCACUCCUCGAUUGAGUCCAUCUAAGCAUUUCAAAAGUACAAGUCCCAGCAAGCUACCAUCCUGGACCAUCAAAUCUAUUCCUGUUAAAUCACCGUCUCGCCCUCUAGAGAACACUGAGAUUUCCAGAUGUUCUCCGAAGCCUGUUGACGUUACACCCAGAAAAUUGAUUUCAUCUUGGACUGUGCAUGCAGCUGAAAAUAUCAGUACAAGUGAUAGAGGUCAUAACAAUUUUAUUUCCGGUAAUUUUAUCAGUCCCUUUUAUUUUCAUUUUUUUUUUUUGAAAUGGCAAUCCAUUUUUCUGUUUUUUAAUGUUCUAGGCCAGUCUGUGGGGAGCCCUGCUGACAAGGCACAUGCCAGAAAGGUUUCUUGUGGUUCUGAAGCUACUCCUUCUCUAACUGUAAAUGACACUGGUACUCCCAACAAAUUGUUAUCUCUCCAUGGUACCCAUUCUAAGACAAAUAAUGUUCAGAAACAAAAUAUCAAUCUGGGAAAGUCCAUUGAUAAGGAUAACUCACCCUCUAAAACUAUUGGAAAUACGAAUAGUUUGUCUAGCAAACAGAUAUCAGCCAAAGUUCAGAAACAAAAUAUCAGUCUGGAAAAGUCCAUUGACAAGAAUAACUCACCCUCUAAAACUAUUGCAAAUAAGAAUGGUUUGUCUAGCAAACAGAUAUCAGCCAAAG